UAUAAAUUAAAGGAAAUUUUUAGAGAUAUAGAAUUUCUUGAUAAAAAAGAAAUUUAUUUAUACAUUCAUACAAGUGUGUAUAUUAGGUUUGAACAGGAACAAAUCUAGCGCUCAAAUAUAUUCGCUUUUUCAAUAGUAAUAUAUUAGUAUUUAUAUAUUUUAUAAACAGUUUUUUAAGUAUUUCAUUCAUUAAAAAAUGAAUGAACAUAAACAUUUUCAUGAAAAUAUGAUUCCAGAGAUACCUGAUUUAGCUAUUUAUAUUCCAAAUUUUAUUACACAAGAGGAAGAAGAUGAAAUAGUAAAGUAUGUGAAUGGUGCUCCUUUACCAAAAUGGACUCAAUUAAGUAAUCGCAGAUUACAAAAUUGGGGUGGUAUACCUCAUCCGAAAGGUAUGAUAGCUGAAGAAAUACCAGGUUGGCUCCAAAAAUAUAUUAAUAAAGUAUCAUCGUGUGAUAUAUUUGAGAAAAACAAGUUACCUAAUCAUGUUUUAAUUAAUGAAUAUCUACCUGGUCAAGGAAUAAUGGCACAUUCAGAUGGUCCACUCUUUCAUUCUAUUGUAACAACCAUAAGUUGUGGCUCUCAUACACUUCUAGAUUUUUAUAAGAGACUUGACAGUACAGAGGUUGUGCAACAUCAAUCUAAUUUAGAAUUCAGUUUUCUAUUAGAGCGUAGGAGUCUGUUCAUUCUUCAAGGAGAUUUAUAUCACAAUUACAUGCAUUCAAUUGCAGAAAGAGAUAUCGAUGUUAUUUCAAAGUCUGUGUUAAAAAACUUAAGUAUGUGUGGAGGAAAAUUUUCAGAAGGAGAAACAUUAAAACGAGGAACUAGAAUAUCUUUAACUAUCAGACAUGUUCCAAAAACUAGCAAAUUAAAAUUAAAAAUUGGAUAAUAUAUUUUUUGUACGUAAUGUUGUGUAUAUAAUUUAUUUUUUAAAUUUUGUCAUUGUUUAAUAUUGAUAAAUUUAAAAUAUUUGUAAAGAAAAGGGAACUUGAAACAUGAAAGGAAUGAAAGGUAUUUAAUUACAAAUAUUUACAAAAAAAUUGUGAUUCAAGAUGUUUCAGUUUUCAUAGGUAUUGAAGUAUCUGUGUCUUCAUAAUUUUCUAAACUUACAUCCAUUAUUUCCUCAUCACACUCAUCUAACAUUCCUUGUAAAGAAUGUAUGGAAGAUAUUAAAACGUGGAACUGUUUACGUCUCAUUUCUAAUUUAUGUUCUAAUUGUUCAGACUUUUCCUAAACAUCAGAAAAAUUAUUUUAACUUUAAAUUUAACAAUAACAAAAUGUAGUCUUUUACUAUUACGAUGCAAUGUUUUUACCUUUAGUUUACCUAAUUCUUCA